AUGGGUGCAGGAUUUGGUGGUGAGUGCGGCGCUCUGGUGGUGAGUGCAGUGUCUCAGGUGGGUGUUCUUGUGUGUGGCGCGGCCGCCAGUGGACCUGUCCAUUGUGUUCCUGCCUCUCUUUCACCAUCCAUGACCCAUCACCCCUCCCUCCCCUCUCACCCCCUGACAGUUGUGUGUGGCGCGGCCGCCAGUGGACCUGGCCAUUGUGUUCCUGCCUCUCUUUCACCAUCCAUGACCCAUCACCCCUCCCUCCCCUCUCACCCCCUGACAGUUGUGUGUGGCGCGGCCGCCAGUGGACCUGGCCAUUGUGUUCCUGCCUCUCUUUCACCAUCCAUGACCCAUCACCCCUCCCUCCCCUCUCACCCCCUGACAGUGUGUGUGGCGCGGCCGCCAGUGGACCUGGCCAUUGUGUUCCUGCCUCUCAUUCUGCUCGAGGGGCUCGUGCUCGUUGACAACUUCAGGAUGUGCAUGGCGCUGAUGCCGGGGGAAGAUGACAACAUGACGGAUGAGGCUUUAUGGGAGACACUGCCGCACUUUGCAGUGGCAGUGUCAAUGAUAUUCUUUAUGGCAGCAACUGUGUUUUCUGUUCUUAAGCUCAAUGCCGGGGUGAUAGUCUUCCAGGUGCUCCUGUGCAUGAGACUCGAAGGCCAACCCAACUGGGCGGCGCACAUGUCCUAUUGGAUGCUCUUUUCGCCACUCAUUGCUGUCCAGCUGGCGGCGCUGAUGUCAGCGCUGACUCAGCUCGCGGAGGGCGUGAUGUUGUUGUAUGCGCCGGAGUCCGGGCGGCGGUUUUCGGCGGUAGUGCGGGAGCAUGACCCGUUUAUGUUUGUGACGAGGGGCAUGCGGCUGGCGGGGUGGUGGUGGCGAGAUGACGAAGUGAGAGAGGAGCAGAAGAGUUUGACUGCUUCUCUAUUCCCUGGCACAUAUGAUACAUUCGAGGCCGUACCCCCCGACCACAUAAAGAGAAUGCGCAAGGGGCAAUUAGCAGAGGAGGUGGUGCGGCUGCAGGCGGCCUUGGCGGAGCAGGUGGAGACGGGCAAGGCGCAGCGGCAGGAGCUGGAGCGAGUGCAGCAGGAGAAGGUGCUGUGCCGCGUGUGCUUUGAGCGCGAGAUCAGCCUCGUGCUGCUGCCCUGCCGCCACCGCGUCUUGUGCCAUCCCUGUGCAGACAAGUGCCGGCAGUGCCCCAUAUGCAGGCGGCACAUUGCUGACCGCAUGGCCGUGUUUGACGUGUGA